GGCCCUUCUGGGCGUUGCCGCUGCGGCUUUUGCUGCUUCCCUACCUUUGGGCCGCGUUGGCCUACACUCCUUUGCUGCCCAUGUCGGUCAAGCGCACGAGGGCCUUCUACGAGACCUGGAUGUCUCCGCCGGACUUCCUGCUUUUGCUGGCGGGGCUCUUGCCUUGCUCCUGGCUGGGUGCUGCGCAGGUCCUGGCCUGCGCCCUGCUGGCUCACCACCGGCGAAACGAGGUGGGUCUGGCCUUUCUGGCAGUGCUGCCGGGCAUGGCCUUGGGCAGUAGCUGCCUUCAGCUGGCGCUCUGCGCAGGAUGCAUUCUUGUGGAUGUCCUGCGGUACCACGGCGAUCGCUACGUGCUGCUUGGUUUGCCAUUCUGCUUUUUCCUGGUGCUGCCAAAGUGGCUCUCUGAUGAGGUCCAGUGGCUCUUCGACCACGGGGACUGGAGGAAACGACUUGGGUGCGUGCGCCCAAGGGUGCCCUGGGACGCCUCUUGGGCCUGGGAGGACAACGGCCGAUCUUACGAGGUCUUGGACAGCUGCGGCGCAGUGCGCGUCGCCAAAGCCAAUGAAGGGCUGGCCUUGACUGUGGAAUUUGAUGAUGUGCCGGAGCCGUCCCCACACACGAGCGAUGCGCGCGACACGCCUGCGGCCGCAGCGGACGGAGCGACAGAAGUGGGGCCGUUGGCAGGCCUGGUGCGGCGCAGCGGCGGAUCAAACGCGCUGCGGCUGGACUCCCUGCAGGCCACAGUACUGGCGGAGCUGAUCCGCACAGAGCUCCAGAGGUCGGUUUCCGUGGCAGACGUGCUGCGGAGUGACAGCGUGGAGGACCUUUCGGCCAAGCUUGGCGAGGCGGAGCUGCCAGAACUUGGGCCCGAGCUGCCGGACGAAAGCGGAGCCUACCGGGUCUUCAUGCUGCGGUUCCCGCAGCAUCCGGUGGACUGGUGUUUGCGCUCCCCGGAGCCCUUGGACCCCGCGGCGCUGCAGCGGGCCGUAGAUCGUCUCGUUGCGAGGCACUCCGCCCUACAAACCCGGGAGACGCCCGACGAGCCCUUGCGGGAAACCAUGGACAAGGCAGCGGCACUUUGGCAGCUGUGGUGCAGCUUCUUUGGCGAGGGGCCCUUUUGGAGGCACCUCUCGGAGCUUGGUGGGCGAGCGCUCUUUGCCUUGUGGCCCCGCACGGUGUUUGCGCAGGACCCCCGCGUGGAGGUCCGGGUACCGCCGCUGGAGCACGGUCGCGUGCGAGACCCUCGCUGGGAUUGGGCAAGCCACGACCAGUAUGUCCACUCCGUUUUCUAUGACGUGCUUCGCCCGCGCUGGUGGCCAUUUGACAUUGCCCUGAUACCCCUUUUCUACGGCGAGGUCACUGGCCACACGGACGCGGUCCAAGCAGCUCUGUCGCUGCCGCAAGAAGACGUGAGCUGGUACAUCUACUGCAGCAUCACCCACGCCUACUCUGAUGGCCUCUCUGGCCAGGCCCUAUUCGCAGACCUUUUGCGCUUCUAUGCAGAGGAGCUGGGGCAGGCCGAGCGGCGUCCUUCUACCGCACCCCCAGAGCAGCUGGCUUUGCUACAGCGGCGGCUGCGGCGCUCGCUCAGGAAGCACGAGUGCAAUGAGCCCAAUGAGGACUUGUACCAUGAGUCCAUAUGCGACGACUGGGGCAAGAGGGAGGGCUGGUCAAGGCGAAUAUACUUCCACCCGAACGUGGCCCAGACGCUACGCUUUGCUGCUGGGGAGAUGCACUGCAGCGUGGACCUCGCCUGGCUCAGCGCUGUGAUGUGCUCCAUG